CGACCGGUGUCGGCGUCCUAACGAUGAACAACUACCCCAUCGGCGCCGGAGGAGGUAACCAGGUCCCGAUGCAGCAGCACCAGGCACACUUGCACCAGCAACAACAGCUACACCACUUGCAGCACCUGCAGCAGCAGCACAUGGGACAUCAGCACCAUCUCCAACAGCAACAGCCUCCUCCCGCCCAGACCAGCCCACCGGUUGCCAACAAUGGCUCGGUGCGCAAACUCCUACGGCAGACUCUCGGCGAGCAACUCGAAUUCGCCGGGUCUGUCCAGCAAGUUCGGGCGUUCGUGACAUCAGUCGACAACUUCUUCCAGUCGACGGAGAGCCUCGCGUCGUUGGGCAAGUCGCUGUACGCGAGUCGUGCAGUCGUGUUCGUCGUGGACAAGUCCAUGCGGGUUAUCUUAUGGAACGACUGCGCCAUCGAACUCACUGGACUCACUCGCGAUGAAGUCGCCGGACGCAGCUUUAUCGACCUUCCCGGACUUGUCCCUCUCGGUGCCACGGCUGUCCUCGAACGUGCCUUACAGUCUUGCAUCGAUCCAUCGAAAGGCAAAGUACAAGCACUGGAGCUGCCGUUGUUUCGAAAAGAUGGACGGGAGCUCCGCCUUCUCUGCGAAUGCUCAGCACUCCUCGGGAACCCCGCGGGGGCCGGGAUGUUGGUCGUGGCCCAGGACCUGUCGGCGUUCCAAUGCACGUUGGCGCAGCGGGACCUGAAUUCUGUCGCGGAAACGCCCGCGGCGCUCGCUCCGUCCUCGUCGACCAUGCCACCGCAACAACAGCCAUCCCACGCGAAGAACGGUGCGCCAUUUGCAUCCGCGGACGCAUCUCCCGCGCCUCCGCCACACCCUCGACACAAUUCAAAGUCCGUAGCCAACUUGGCUGGUUGGGACGAAGUUAAACCGUCGUAUCACUUGGAAGCAGUGCUGGGCCAAGGCAGCUACGGCCAAGUCGUGCGGUGCAAGCAUUUGGCAUCGGGGGAGAUUGUCGCGAUCAAGAAGAUUCAAAAUGUCUUUACCGACCCCAUCGACGCCAAGCGAAUCUUGCGCGAGCUGUGCAUUUUACGGCAACUGAACCACCGCAAUAUUGUCCAGAUCCGAGAGAUUGUGUGCCCGCAAGACAUUCUUCGGUUCCAAAACAUUUUUGUCGUGUUUGAGUACUUGCCGUCCGACUUGGAAAAGUUGCUGCACUCGCCGCAGUUUCUCACGGCGGAACACAUUCGGUGGCUCCUCCUCGACCUCCUCAAGGCGCUCAAGUACAUGCACUCGGCCGCGAUCGUCCAUCGCGAUUUGAAACCCGCCAACGUCCUGCUCAAUCUAUCCCCGGUCGCGAUCAAGAUCUGCGACUACGGCCUCGCGCGGACCUUGACCAACUCGCAGCUGAGCCAUCCGUCCACGAAACGAAAACGGGGCUCGUCGAGCCCGACCAUGCCACCGGCGGCGGCAUCGACUUCCAAGGGCAAGAAGAUCCAGCGUCAACUCACGGAGCAUGUCGUUACGCGGUGGUACCGCGCGCCGGAGAUUAUUUUCAGAGAUCACGACUACUCGACAGGCAUCGACGUGUGGAGCGUCGGGUGCAUAUUUGCUGAACUCCUCAGCAUGCAAAAGAGCAGCGUGCCGUCGCAUUACGCCCGCGAACCGCUGUUUCCCGGUGUGUCGUGCUUCCCGCUGAGUCCCGGCGCGGGCCAGCGCGCGCUGCCGCAGGACAGCCAAGACCAGCUCAACACGAUUCUGCGCGUGCUGGGGUCGAUGGCGGACGAAGACAUUGCCGAGAUUGCCGACCCCGACGUCCGCUUCUACCUUCGGAACUUACCUCCUCAACCGCGCAAGUCGUUUGCCGAGAUGUACCCCGGCGCCGAGAAGGAAGCGAUUGAUUUGCUCGACAGAAUGCUCCAAAUGAAUCCGAGGAAACGCAUGACGGUCGACGACGCGCUGUCCCAUCCAUACUUGGCGUCGAUCCGAAGCAUCGAAGACGUCGAUGACGACAUUGUGGCGCCGCACCCGAUCCAACUCGACUUUGACGACUCGCGCGGUCCGCUUCCGAUCCCAGAGAUCCGUCGCCUCAUGACCAACGAAAUCGCAUACUACCAUCCGCACGUUGCCCAGCACGUGCAAGCGGCGAUCCCGCCGAGACCACCGCAGCAUCGAAAGCUCAAUCAUUCCUAGACAACACGCAGCACACGAGGGAGACCGGCAAUCGUUGCGGGCCACUGACGACCGAGGCUUUCAAAUGUAAUAUUGUUGUUCCUGCAGUUGGCAUUGAACCCAGACAGUGCUUUCUGG